AAUACGUUAAACUACUGUUAAUUGAAAGGUUGGUCUCACUUAACCAUCUCCUAAUUCUCAAUCAUUCUUUUUGGUUCACACAAUAAAUUUAUUGGCACAAAUGCACUACUUAAACUCCCACACCGAGCACAGUUUCUAUGAAUUUCAUGUCUUUUUGAGCAAACAAGUGCACCUACAAGAAUGGUGGGCGGCCCAGAUUUAUCUGUACCUUCAGUCGUGACCAAAACUGCCAUUGAUACAAACCAAGAAACAGACAAGGGCAGUCACCAGAGAGCAGGAAGCAUUGAUGCGAUGCUAAUGCCUCCUAGAAUAGCCAAGGCAGUGUCUCCAGUUUCUGCAGCUGAUGGGGAGACUACCAGGCGGCCACGUGGUAGGCCAGCUGGCUCAAAAAACAAGCCAAAGCCACCGAUUAUCGUCACCAGAGACAGUGCCAAUGCCCUUCGAGCACAUGCAAUGGAGGUGAGCUCAGGUUGUGAUGUUAGUGAGAGUUUGGCUAACUUUGCAAGAAGGAAGCAACGUGGCAUUUGCAUACUAAGUGGGACCGGUUGUGUAACAAAUGUUACACUCCGACAACCAGCUUCGGCCGGGGCCAUUGUUACCCUUCAUGGGCGGUUUGAGAUAUUAUCAUUGCUGGGAUCAAUCCUUCCCCCACCAGCCCCACCAGGAAUCACGGGGCUAACAAUUUACUUAGCAGGGGCUCAGGGACAGGUUGUGGGUGGGGUUGUGGUUGGUUCAUUAAUUGCUUCAGGCCCUGUGGUGGUCAUGGCUGCUUCUUUCAUGAAUGCUACUUUUGAUCGUCUUCCAUUAGAUGAUGAUGAAGUUGCUGCAGCCAUGCAAAAUCAGCAUUACCAAAAUGGUCGUCAUCACCACUUGGAUAUUUCCGAUUUGUAUGGGAUGCCACAGAACUUGCUUACAAAUGGUACUAUGCCUCCUGAGAUUUAUUCUUGGGCACCUGGGCGAACCAUGUCAAAAACCUAGAUUGGUUAGCAGCAAUGCAUGAACUGCAUUCUCAUAUCCUCCAAAUCUGGUGUCAUCUCAUCACUACUGUUAAGCUUCUGUCAAGCAUUGCUUAUUAUUAUUUUUAAUUGCUUCGAUUAAGUAACCAGAUUAUGUACAAUUCCAUAAACAUUUG